CCCCAAGCCCAGGAGGGAGCUUGACCAAUCUCUACCUCCCAGACCUCAGAGACCUUUGCCCGGGCCCAUUGAUCUGCCCUCCAGGGCAGGCAGCGGGACCAUCAGACACCUCCGCCAUGAGGGCUUUGCUGUUCCUGGGGACCCUACUGGGAAGCCUGGAGUCCGCGCUCUCGGCUCCAUCGUGGAAGGCUCCCAAGGAGCACAAGCAGGGAGCUAGUGAGCUCACGGUGGUUCUCACUGUCACCGGAGAGCUCUGCCAUUUCCCCUUCCAGUACCAUCGCCGGCUGUACCACAAAUGUAUUCACAAGGGCUGGCCAGGCUCCCGACCCUGGUGUGCUACCACCCCCAACUUUGACCAGGACCAGAAGUGGGCAUACUGCUUGGAGCCCCAAAAUGUGAAAGAUCACUGCAGCAAACACAACCCCUGCCACAAAGGAGGGACGUGUGUGAACACCCUGAAGGGCCCACACUGCCUCUGUCGGGAAAACCUCACUGGAAAGCACUGCCAAAAAGAGAAGUGCUUUGAACCUCAGCUUCUCCUGUUCUUCAAUGAGGAUGACGUAUGGCUUCGAGCAGAGCCCACAGGCAUAGCCAGAUGCCAGUGCAAAGGUCCUAACUCUCAGUGCAAGACGUUGGCCAGUCAGGUCUGCAGCACAAACCGGUGCCUCAAUGGGGGUCGCUGCCUACAGGCAGAGGGACACUCCUUGUGCCAUUGCCCCGAGGGCUACACCGGACCCUUCUGUGACCUAGACACGAAGGCGACCUGCUACCACGACAGGGGCCACAGCUACCGUGGCAAGGUGGACACCACUCUAUCGGGUGCACGGUGUCAGCGAUGGACCUCGGAGGCCACCUACCGGAACAUGACCGAGGAGCAAGCGUUGAGCCGGGGCCUGGGCCACCAUGCCUUCUGCCGGAACCCAGAUAAUGACAUUCGUCCGUGGUGCUUUGUCUGGAGUGGGGACAGGCUGAGCUGGGACUAUUGCGACCUGGAGCAGUGCCAGGCCCCAACCCAGGCAGCAGUUACACCCCUCGAACGUCAGGACGUGCCCGUACCCCAGCCUUCCGCAGGGCAGAAGCUUCAGCCCACGUCCCAGACUCCACCUCACCCCCAGACCCCUGAGGUUCUCGGGCCGCAGAACGAGUCCAGGACCAGCAGCUCCACGGGCUGCGGACAGCGGCUCAGCAAGCGACUGUCGUCGCUGCGGCGCGUCGUGGGCGGCCUGGUGGCGCUGCGCGGGGCGCAUCCCUACAUCGCCGCGCUCUACUGGGACCACAGCUUCUGCGCCGGGAGCCUCAUCGCCCCCUGCUGGGUGCUGACGGCGGCGCACUGCCUGCAGCACCGGCCGGCGCCCGGGGAAAUGACGGUGGUGCUGGGUCAAGAGCGCUAUAACCAGAGCUGUGAGCAGUGCCAGACGCUGGCCGUGCGCUCCUACGUCCUCCACGAGGCCUUCUCCCCCAUCACCUACCAGCACGACUUGGCUUUGGUGCGCCUGCAAGAGAGCGAGGACGGCAGCUGCGCGCUCAUGUCGCCCUACGUUCAGCCAGUGUGCCUGCCCGGCAGCGCCGCGCCACCCUCCCAGCCAGAGGCCGCUGUCUGCGAGGUGGCCGGCUGGGGUCACCAGUUUGAGGGGGCGGAGGAAUAUUCCACCUUCCUGCAGGAGGCGCAGGUUCCCUUCAUCUCCCUGGAGCAAUGCUCGACCUCGGAAGUGCACGGGGACGCCAUCCUCCCUGGGAUGCUCUGCGCUGGCUUCCUUGAGGGCGGCACCGACGCAUGCCAGGGUGACUCCGGGGGCCCUCUAGUGUGUGAGAAAGAGCCUGGGCACGGUCUCACGCUGCGUGGUAUCAUCAGUUGGGGCUCUGGCUGUGGCGACCGCAAUAAGCCCGGUGUCUACACAGACGUGGCCAACUACCUGCCUUGGAUCCAGAAGCACACAGCUACCUAACUGCCCCAGGGAGUGAGAGGAUGGCUAUAGCAUGAUCAUCUAGGGUAAAGCUUGUGUGCCGUUCCUUCCAGGGCCACCAGCUA